CAAAUUGAAAACAACCAUGAAGAAAGUUUUGUGUUUCUUUUAUAUUGUUUAUUCAUUUUUGAAGAUUUAUAUUUAUGGUGCUUUUGCUCUUUUAAGACAAAUAUUGCAGGCACAUAAAAAAGAAGAACAGCGCCUGCAUACAGGGUAUGUUGCUAUAGUAACAGGAGGAUCAGCAGGGAUAGGAUUUGAAGUGUCUCGUGGUUUAGUCUCUAAAAAUGUGCAUGUGGUGAUAGGAUCAAGAUGUAUAGAAGAAGGAAAGAAAGCUGUAGCGAAGAUAAGAGAAGAAUACCCUAAUGCUAAGGUGGAUUGGUUACACAUAGAUCUCACAUCACUGAAGUCUGUUAGAGAGUUUACAGACAGUUUUCUAGCAAUGGGGUUGCCAUUAAAUAUCCUCAUAAAUAAUGCUGGAAUAAUGUUUGCUCCAUACCAGGAGACAGAUGACAGAUUAGAAGAACAUUUCCAAGUCAAUUACCUCAGUCAUUUUUAUCUCACAUUACUACUGUUAGAUGUGUUAAAGAAAACAGGGACAGACAACUCUUAUUCCAGAAUCAUAAAUGUAUCAUCAGUAGUACAUAAACAGGGAAACUUAGAUAUUGACAGACUUUGUUCAAGGUAUGAGAAUUCAUGGGAAUAUUCACCUCAUGCAGCAUAUUCAGAUUCCAAACUAGCUAUUACUGUUUCAUCAUUCAUGCUUGGAAGGAAAAUAAAUGAUGAAAAUUGUAAAGUAACCGCCAAUGUCCUUCAUCCAGGAGUUGUUAGGACAAGCUUAUACAGAUAUGUACAUUGGAGUAUAAAAUGGUUCUUAGACGUUGUUGCCAUACUUCUAUACAAGACUCCAGAAAUGGCAGCAGAUACAGUACUAUAUUUAGCAUUAUCACCAAAUGUAGAGGGAGACACCGGCAGUUACUAUGACAACUGUGUUAAAAACAAACCACAUGACAGUGCACAUGACAGACUAUUACAAGAACAAUUAUGGCAUAGAUCAUGUGAAAUUAUUGAACAUUUGACAGAAAAUGAACUUAAACACAAAUGAUAAUCCAUUAUCAUUAAUUAUAUCUUAAACCAUUGAUUAUACAGAUUAUGCAUAUGUUUUUAUAAAUGUUCAUAAAAUUUCAAUAUAACUACCCUAACCUGCAGUUAAAAAAAGCCUUUGAAAGUACAUUAUCUUUAUAGAUUUACUGAAAGAAAAGAAUUAUUGGAAUAAGGAAUAAUUUUACGUUACGGAAAAUUGAUAAGAAAUGUUUGGAUGAAAACUAACCAAACUAAACACUGAUUUAGUACAAGCUGAAAUAUCAGUGAAUGUGACUAUUACCUUACCCAUGCAUUAAUGACAUACUUACAAAAGCUAUGUUAGUUUUCUUCCUACAUUUCUUAUCAGUUUUCCAGAAUUC